UGUCAUUCGUCAUUGUCAUUUUGGUUAAACAGCCUAUCGUCUCGUCUAUUGAAAUUGUUCUCAUUCUAACGCAAUCGAAUCGAAUAUUUGUGCUUCAUUUGUCAUUGAUAAGACUUACUUUUUUUUACUCUAAAAUUCAUCGACAAUAUUAUACGAUUAAAAAAACGUUCAUCAAUUUCGUUCGCCAAACAAAAAUCGACAAGCAUCAAUAUGUUCCAGUUCAAUGGUUUCAAUAUGAUGUUUCCAGAGGCACGGCCAUUUAACAACUCGUACAGAUGUUAUUCGGUGUCGAUGUUGCCGGGCAACGAGCGUCAAGAUGUUGAAAAAGGAGGCAAAAUUAUUAUGCCACCAUCGGCUCUCGAUCAGCUGACUCGACUGAAUGUUGUUUACCCCAUGUUGUUCAAAUUGACAAACAGCAAAAAAAGUCGCAUCACACACGCGGGCGUAUUGGAAUUCGUGGCCGAUGAAGGCAAAAUCUAUAUUCCAUACUGGAUGAUGCACAAUUUGCUGUUGGAAGAAGGUGAUAUUGUUCAAAUCGAAAGCGUUUCACUUCCAGUCGCCACAUUCUCAAAGUUCAAGCCACAGUGUCCGGAUUUCUUGGAAAUCACCAACCAAAAGGCUGUGCUGGAGAAUGCACUGCGAAAUUUUGCGUGUUUGACCACCGGCGAUCUGAUUGCCAUCAAAUAUAAUUCGAAAAUUUACGAACUCUGCGUACUCGAGACAAAACCCGGCAAUGCCGUCAGCAUCAUUGAAUGUGAUAUGAAUGUUGAAUUCGAUACGCCCGUUGGAUAUCAAGAGCCAAAACGUAUUUUCAAAAAGAAAGACGAUGAAGAUGCGGAGGCCAAUGAACACAUGCAAAACCAUUACGAUAACAGCCAAUUCAUUGCAUUUUCGGGUGAAGGCAAUCGUUUGGAUGGAAAAAAGAAGAAAUGUGAUAAGCCAGAACCGCCACCUGGUGCACGGACGUAUGUUCGCGGAAUUCCCGACUACGACCAUCCCUACGGCUUGAUUCGAUUCGACCGAUCGGUGAAACCAAUCAGUGACAGAACUGAAUCCAAAUCGAACGGCAAUGACGACGAUGAAGGCUUCAAAGCUUUUCAGGGCGAAGGGUUCUCUCUGCGAAAAAGCAGGAAAUGAUGAUAUUCAUAAGACUUUUGAGCUGGUGCAAAGCAUUCACACAUCUUUGAAUUGAUAAAUUUACACAAACAAACACACGAAAUAAAGAGGGAGAAAAAAAACAAACAAUCGAAAAUGGGUCCUUUUCCAAAAUUGAAUAACUUAUCGUUUAUUAUUAUUUACUUCUAUUGUAUCAAACAUGAGUUAUAUAUAUUGAAUAAAAAAAACAUUUGAAA